AUGUAUGAGGGUGGCAGUUGUUUUUGCACAUUGAGGUCCUCCACAAAGGUGGCACCUCACGGCAGCCUCUUGCAGCACCGAGGCCGUGGAUUGAGAGGAUGGGAGGGUCUGCUCCAACCACAAGGACAACGAGAUGCAGUGCGUGACGGUGAGGCUGAUCCGCGUGUGGUUGCAGCGCAUGCGGCACGUGCGCCAGUACGCGUUGGGCGUUGUGCUCAUGAUUGGGGAGAAGUGGCGGCACGACGUUGUGGCGCUGUGUGUGUUGUGCGUGGCCGGGGCAUGCCGGCGAUUGUGAGGACGUGGAGUACACGGAGCUGCUGGACUGAGGGAGGAGGUGGCGUACGUUGCGGCGCAGCGGGAGUGCAUGACGGACUGCGUGUGCUGGGAGGGCCCGACGAUCCCGAGGCCUGUGCUGGAGGGGCGCGUGUUGAAGUGAGCGUGGCGUGCCUGUGA